CGGCGGCAAGAGGAGGGUUCGGAGGGUGGGGGCUCAGGUCCGGGAGGGGGCACCGGGAGGAGGUGAGUGUCUCUCGUCGCCUCCUCCUCUCCCCCCUUUUCGCCCCCGCCUCCUUGUGGCGAUGAGAAGGAGGAGGACAGCGCCGAGGAGGAAGAAGCUGAUGGCGGCGGCGGAGCUCCGAGAGACCUCGGCUGGGCAGGGGCCGGCCGUGGCGGGCCGGGGACUGCGCCUCUAGAGCCGCGAGUUCUCGGGGAUUCGCCGCAGCGGACGCGCUCGGCGCAUUUGUGUGCCUGUGCCCUCCUCCGGGCCUGGGCUCAGGCCCGGCCCCUCGCACUUGCCCCUACCUUUUCUAUCGAGCCCGCAUCCCUCUUCAGCCACCGCGAUCCAGCGAAGAGAAAAAGGAACUUCCCCCACCCCCUUCGGGGGCCGGCGGAGCCCCCCAAGCCCACCCCAGGGAUCCGGGCGGGGACCCAGGCCUGAAGAAGAGAUUUCCCGGGGAUUCUCCUUUUCCUCGCCCGUAUCUCCGAAAGAAUUAAAAAUGGCCGAGAAUGUGGUGGAACCGGGGCCGCCUUCAGCCAAGCGGCCUAAACUCUCAUCUCCGGCCCUCUCGGCGUCCGCCAGCGAUGGCACAGAUUUUGGUUCUCUGUUUGACUUGGAGCACGACUUACCAGAUGAAUUAAUCAACUCUACAGAAUUGGGACUAACCAAUGGUGGUGAUAUUAGUCAGCUUCAGACGAGCCUUGGCAUGGUACAAGAUGCAGCCUCUAAACAUAAACAACUGUCAGAAUUGCUGCGUUCUGGUAGUUCCCCUAACCUCAACAUGGGGGUUAGUGGCCCAGGCCAAGGCAUGGCCAGCCAGGCCCAACAGAACAGUCCUGGAUUAGGUUUGAUAAAUAGCAUGGUCAAAAGCCCAAUGGCACAGGCAGGCUUGACUUCUCCCAACAUGGGGAUGGGCACUAGUGGACCAAAUCAGGGUCCCACACCAUCUGCAACAGGUAUGAUGAACAGUCCAGUAAAUCAACCUGCCAUGGGAAUGAACACAGGGAUGAAUGCUGGCAUGAAUCCUGGAAUGUUGACUGCAGGCAAUGGACAAGGGAUGAUGCCUAAUCAAGUCAUGAACGGUUCAAUUGGAGCAGGCCGGGGGCGACCUAAUAUGCAGUACCCAAACCCAGGCAUGGGAAAUGCUGGCAACUUAAUGACUGAGCCACUGCAGCAAGGCUCUCCCCAGAUGGGAGGACAAACAGGAUUGAGAGGGCCCCAGCCUCUUAAGAUGGGAAUGAUGAACAACCCUAAUCCUUACGGUUCACCAUACACUCAGAAUUCUGGACAGCAGAUUGGAGCCAGUGGCCUUGGUCUCCAGAUUCCGACAAAGUCUGUACUACCAAAUAGCUUAUCUCCAUUUGCAAUGGACAAAAAGGCAGUUCCUGGUGGAGGAAUGCCCAACAUGGGCCAGCAGCAGACCCCGCAGGUCCAGCAGCCAGGCCUGGUGACUCCGGUGGCCCAAGGGAUGGGUUCUGGAGCCCACACAGCUGAUCCAGAGAAGCGCAAGCUCAUCCAGCAGCAGCUUGUUCUCCUUUUGCACGCUCACAAGUGCCAGCGGCGAGAGCAGGCCAAUGGGGAAGUGAGGCAGUGCAACCUUCCCCACUGUCGUACAAUGAAGAACGUCCUUAACCACAUGACACACUGCCAGUCAGGCAAGUCCUGCCAAGUGGCACACUGUGCAUCUUCUCGACAAAUCAUUUCACACUGGAAGAAUUGUACAAGGCAUGAUUGUCCUGUGUGUCUACCCCUUAAAAAUGCUGGAGAUAAGAGAAAUCAACAGUCAAUUCUGACUGGAGCACCAGUUGGACUUGGAAAUACUAGCUCUCUAGGGGUGGGUCAACAGUCUGCUCCCAGCCUAAGCACUGUUAGUCAGAUUGAUCCCAGCUCUAUAGAAAGGGCUUAUGCAGCCCUUGGACUACCCUAUCAAGUAAAUCAGAUGCCAACACAGCCCCAGGUGCAAGCAAAGAACCAGCAGAACCAGCAGUCUGGACAGUCUCCCCAGGGGAUGCGGCCCAUGAGCAACAUGAGUGCUAGUCCUAUGGGAGUAAAUGGAGGUGUAGGGGUUCAAACGUCGAAUCUUCUUUCUGACUCGAUGUUGCAUUCAGCCAUAAAUUCUCAAAACCCAAUGAUGAGUGAAAAUGCCAGUGUGGCCUCCCUGGGUCCUAUGCCAACAGCAGCUCAACCAUCCAGUACUGGAAUUCGGAAACAAUGGCAUGAAGAUAUUACUCAGGAUCUUCGAAAUCAUCUUGUUCACAAACUUGUUCAAGCCAUAUUUCCUACUCCGGAUCCUGCUGCUUUAAAAGACAGACGGAUGGAAAACCUGGUUGCAUAUGCCCGGAAAGUGGAAGGGGACAUGUAUGAAUCUGCGAACAAUCGAGCGGAAUACUACCACCUGCUAGCUGAGAAGAUCUAUAAGAUCCAGAAAGAACUAGAAGAAAAACGAAGGACUAGACUACAAAAACAGAACAUGCUACCAAGUGCUGCAAGCAUGGUGCCAGUUUCCAUGAACCCAGGGCCUAACAUGGGGCAGCCACAACCAGGAAUGACUUCUAAUGGCCCUCUGCCUGAUCCAUCUAUGAUCCGUGGCAGUGUGCCAAACCAGAUGAUGCCUCGGAUAACUCCACAGCCUGGUUUGAAUCAAUUUGGCCAGAUGAGCAUGCCCCAGCCCCCUAUUGGACCCCGGCAAACCUCUCCUCUUCAGCACCAUGGACAGUUAGCCCAACCUGGAACUCUCAACCCGCCUGUGGGCUAUGGGCCUCGCGUGCAGCAGCCUUCCAGCCAGAGCCAGUUCCUUCCUCAGACUCCGUUCUCAACACAGGGAAUGAAUGUAACGAAUAUGCCUUUGGCUCCGUCUGGCAGUCAAGCACCAGUGUCUCAAGCACAAAUGUCCAGUUCUUCCUGCCCUGUGAACUCUCCUAUAAUGCCUCCUGGGUCUCAAGGGAGCCACAUUCACUGUCCCCCUCUCCCUCAACCAGCUCUGCAUCAGAACUCACCCUCACCUGUACCUAGUCGUACCCCAACCCCUCACCACACUCCCCCAAGCAUAGGGGCUCAGCAGCCACCAGCAACAGCAAUUCCAGCCCCUGUUCCUACACCUCCAGCCAUGCCACCUGGGCCACAGUCCCAGGCUCUACAUCCUCCUCCAAGACAAACGCCUACACCGCCACCAACGCAGCUUCCUCCCCAAGUGCAGCCUUCACUUCCUGCUGCUCCUUCAGUUGACCAGGCGCAGCAGCAGCCUCUGUCCCAGCAGAGUACAGCAGCCUCUGUGCCCACCCCGACGGCGCCACUGCUGCCUCCGCAGCCGGCAACUCCACUUUCCCAGCCAGCUGUAAGCAUCGAGGGUCAGGCAUCAAACCCUCCAUCUACUAGUAGCACGGAAGUGAAUUCUCAGGCCAUUCCUGAGAAGCAGCCUUCACAGGAAGUGAAAAUGGAGGCUAAAAUGGAAGUGGAUGCACCAGAACCAGCAGAUACUCAGCCAGAGGAUAUCCCAGAGACUAAAGCAGAAGACUGUAAAGCGGAACCUACAGAAACAGAAGAGAGAGGCGCUGAAUUAAAAACUGAAACAAAAGAGGAGGAAGACCAGCCAAGUACUUCAGCAACCCAGUCAUCUCCAGCCCCAGGACAGUCAAAAAAGAAGAUUUUCAAACCUGAAGAGUUACGACAGGCACUGAUGCCGACAUUGGAGGCACUUUACCGACAGGAUCCAGAAUCCCUUCCCUUUCGUCAACCUGUGGACCCCCAGCUUCUAGGAAUCCCUGAUUACUUUGAUAUUGUGAAGAGCCCCAUGGAUCUUUCUACUAUCAAAAGGAAGUUAGACACUGGACAGUAUCAGGAGCCCUGGCAGUAUGUGGAUGACAUUUGGCUUAUGUUCAACAAUGCUUGGUUAUAUAAUCGGAAAACAUCACGGGUGUACAAAUACUGCUCCAAGCUGUCUGAGGUCUUUGAACAAGAAAUUGACCCAGUCAUGCAAAGCCUUGGAUACUGCUGUGGCAGAAAGUUGGAGUUCUCUCCACAGACACUCUGUUGCUAUGGCAAACAGUUAUGCACAAUCCCUCGUGAUGCCACUUACUACAGUUACCAGAACAGGUAUCAUUUCUGUGAGAAGUGUUUCAAUGAAAUCCAAGGGGAGAGCGUUUCUUUGGGGGAUGACCCUUCCCAGCCUCAAACUACAAUAAAUAAAGAACAAUUUUCGAAGAGAAAAAAUGACACUCUGGAUCCUGAACUGUUUGUUGAAUGUACGGAGUGUGGAAGAAAGAUGCAUCAGAUCUGUGUCCUUCAUCAUGAGAUCAUCUGGCCAUCUGGAUUUGUCUGUGAUGGCUGUUUAAAGAAGACUGCACGAACUAGAAAAGAAAAUAAGUUUUCUGCUAAAAGGUUGCCAUCUACCAGGCUUGGCACCUUUCUGGAGAAUCGUGUGAAUGACUUUCUGAGGCGACAAAAUCACCCUGAGUCAGGAGAGGUCACUGUUAGAGUAGUUCAUGCUUCUGACAAAACUGUGGAAGUCAAACCAGGCAUGAAAGCAAGAUUUGUAGAUAGUGGAGAGAUGGCAGAAUCCUUUCCAUAUCGAACCAAAGCCCUCUUUGCCUUUGAGGAGAUUGAUGGUGUUGACUUGUGUUUCUUUGGCAUGCACGUUCAAGAGUAUGGUUCUGACUGCCCCCCGCCCAACCAGAGGAGAGUAUACAUAUCAUACCUGGAUAGUGUUCAUUUCUUCCGUCCUAAAUGCUUGAGGACUGCAGUCUAUCAUGAAAUUCUAAUUGGAUAUUUGGAAUACGUCAAGAAAUUAGGAUAUACAACAGGGCAUAUUUGGGCAUGCCCCCCAAGUGAGGGAGACGACUACAUCUUCCAUUGCCACCCCCCCGACCAGAAGAUACCCAAGCCCAAGCGACUGCAGGAGUGGUACAAAAAGAUGCUCGACAAGGCUGUAUCCGAGCGAAUUGUCCACGACUACAAGGAUAUUUUUAAACAAGCUACUGAAGAUCGAUUAACAAGCGCAAAGGAAUUGCCUUACUUUGAAGGUGAUUUCUGGCCCAAUGUACUGGAAGAGAGCAUUAAGGAACUGGAACAGGAGGAGGAAGAGAGAAAGCGAGAGGAGAACACCAGCAACGAAAGCACAGAUGUCUUCUUCGUGAUCCGUCUCAUCGCCGGCCCCGCCGCCAACUCCCUGCCUCCCAUCGUUGAUCCCGACCCCCUCAUCCCCUGCGACCUGAUGGACGGGCGGGAUGCCUUUCUCACCCUCGCAAGGGACAAGCACCUGGAGUUCUCCUCACUCCGAAGAGCCCAGUGGUCCACCAUGUGCAUGCUGGUGGAGCUGCACACCCAGAGCCAGGACCGCUUUGUCUACACCUGCAACGAGUGCAAGCACCACGUGGAGACGCGCUGGCACUGCACCGUGUGCGAGGAUUAUGAUUUGUGUAUCACCUGCUAUAACACUAAAAACCAUGACCACAAAAUGGAGAAGCUGGGUCUCGGGUUAGAUGACGAGAGCAACAACCAGCAGGCCGCGGCCACCCAGAGCCCGGGGGACUCCCGCCGCCUGAGCAUCCAGCGCUGCAUCCAGUCCCUGGUGCACGCCUGCCAGUGCCGCAACGCCAACUGCUCCCUGCCCUCCUGCCAGAAGAUGAAGCGGGUGGUGCAGCACACCAAGGGCUGCAAGCGCAAGACCAACGGAGGGUGCCCCAUCUGCAAGCAGCUCAUCGCCCUCUGCUGCUACCACGCCAAGCACUGCCAGGAGAACAAGUGCCCCGUGCCCUUCUGCCUCAACAUCAAGCAGAAGCUCCGGCAGCAGCAGCUGCAGCACCGGCUCCAGCAAGCCCAGAUGCUCCGCAGGAGGAUGGCCAGCAUGCAGCGGGCGGGCGUGGUGGGGCAGCAGCAGGGCCUGCCCUCCCCGACGCCUGCGACCCCGACCACGCCCACGGGCCAGCAGCCGACGACCCCGCAGACGCCCCGGCCCCCCUCCCAGCCCCAGCCCACCCCUCCCACCAGCAUGCCGCCCUACUUGCCCAGGACUCAGGCUGCUGGCCCGGUGUCCCAGGGCAAGGCGGCCGGCCAGGUCACCCCCCCGACCCCUCCGCAGACCGCUCAGCCACCCCUUCCAGGACCCCCGCCUGCAGCAGUGGAAAUGGCGAUGCAGAUUCAGAGGGCAGCCGAGACGCAGCGCCAGAUGGCCCAUGUGCAAAUUUUUCAAAGGCCGAUCCAGCACCAGAUGCCCCAAAUGACUCCGAUGGCCCCCAUGGGUAUGAACGCACCCCCCAUGGCCAGAGGUCCCGGCGGGCAUUUGGAGCCAGGGGUGGGGCCCACAGGGAUGCAGCAGCCUCCACCGUGGGCCCAAGGAGGCUUGCCUCAGCCCCAGCACCUGCAGCCCGGGAUGCCCAGGCCAGCCAUGAUGUCAGUGUCACAGCACGGUCAGCCCCUGAACAUGGCUCCCCAACCGGGACUGGGCCAGGUAGGUGUGAGCCCUCUCAAACCGGGCACUGUGUCUCAACAAGCCUUACAAAACCUUCUGCGGACUCUCAGGUCUCCCAGCUCCCCCCUGCAGCAGCAACAGGUGCUUAGUAUCCUUCACGCCAACCCCCAGCUGUUGGCUGCGUUCAUCAAGCAGCGGGCUGCCAAGUACGCCAACGCCAAUCCGCAGCCCCUCCCCGGGCAGCCCGGCGUGCCCCAGGGCCAGCCAGGGCUGCAGCCCCCCGCCAUGCCGGGCCAGCAGGGGGUCCACUCCAGCCCCGCCAUGCCGAACUUGAAUCCCAUGCAGGCGGGCGUCCAGAGGGCCGGCCUGCCCCAGCAGCAAGCGCCGCAGCAGCAGCUCCCGCCACCCAUGGGGGGGAUGAGCCCCCAGGCUCAGCAGAUGAGCAUGAAUCACAGCACCAUGCCGGCGCAGUUCCGAGACAUUCUGAGGCGGCAGCAGAUGAUGCAGCAGCAGCAGCAGCAGCAACAGCAGCAGCAGCAGGGAGCGGGGCCCGGAGUCGGCCCUGGGCUGGCCAGCCACAGCCAGUUCCAGCCGCCCCAGGGCCUGGGCUACCCUGCGCCCCAGCCACCGCCGCCACCCCGGAUGCAGCAGCACAUGCAGCACCUGCAGCAAGGGAGCGGGGGCCAGCUGGGCCAGCUCCCCCAGGCCCUGGGGGCAGAGGCAGGAGCCGGUCUGCAGGCCUAUCAGCAGCGACUCCUUCAGCAACAGAUGGGGUCACCCGCUCAGCCCAACCCCAUGAGCCCCCAGCAGCAUAUGCUCCCGAGUCAGGCUCAGUCCCCGCACCUUCCAGGCCAGCAGAUCCCGUCUCUCUCCAAUCAAGUGCGGUCUCCCCAGCCUGUUCCUUCUCCGCGGCCACAGUCCCAGCCCCCCCACUCCAGCCCUUCCCCACGGAUGCAGCCUCAGCCUUCUCCACACCACGUUUCCCCACAGACCAGUUCUCCACAUCCCGGACUGGUCGCUGCCCAGGGCAACCCCAUGGAACAAGGGCAUUUUGC